AUGGCUAAGCUGCUCGAUGGCAAAGUAGCAGCAAUCACUGGCGCCGUGACCGGCAUCGGACGCGCAAUAGCACUGGAGUACAUCAGACAAGGCGCGGGUGUGGCUGUAAACUACUUCCCAGAUGACAAGUCAGCAUCCCAGUAUAAGGCUCUGCAAGAAGAAGCAGGGAAAGAUGCGAGGUUGGUCGGCGUGCCUGGAGACAUCUCAAACCCGGAAACGGGACAAGAGCUUGUAAAGAAAGCGGUCGACUCGUUUGGAGGAAGGCUGGAUAUCUUUGUGAGCAAUGCGGGAGUAUGCCAGUUCGCUGACUUCCUGACGAUGUCUCCUGACCUCGUGAACCUCACCAUCUCCACCAACCUUAACGGCGCCUUCUUCGCGGUACAAGCUGCUGCACAACAGAUGGCGAGACAGGAGCCAUCGGGAGGCAGUAUCAUCGGCAUAUCUUCCAUCUCUGCGCUUGUUGGUGGUGCAGGCCAGACGCAUUAUACACCCACCAAGGCCGGCGUAUUGUCGCUUAUGCAAAGCACAGCAUGUGCUCUUGGCAAAUAUGGCAUCCGUUGCAACGCUUUGCUGCCGGGCACAAUCCGAACACAGCUUAACGACGAAGACCUGGCAGACCCGGAUAAGCAGAAAUACAUGGAAGGCCGGAUACCGCUCGGUCGCUUGGGCAAGACGCAAGAUCUUGCUGGUCCAGCGGUGUUCUUGGCGAGCGACCUUAGCGAGUAUGUGACUGGCGCGCAAUUACUGGUCGAUGGUGGACUGUUCGUCAACUUGCAAUAG